CAACGUUCAGAGGGUAACAGUCGUGCCGCGGCCUCCAAUGAGGGAGGUCUACGCAAUCGUCGUUCGUCGCCGCUCGAGUAAAAACGCAGUCUGGUCGACGGUUUCGCGACGUGCGCCUUUUUCGCCCUUGGCUUUUCAGCAUUUAAUCGGCGGCUCAAUCAUGUUGUGACGGAUGCACGGUGUGUCGCCAACGUCGCGUCGCGUCUGCAAUUACUCGUCCAACACCGUAAGAAUGUUCGACGCGUGAUAGAGAACGGCAAUCUCCGUGGACUCCGAGCUCCGCCGACUCCGAGCAACAGAUGUGACCAUCGUACGCGUCUCGUUCUUUAUAUUUAGUUAAUCAAGAUUUUCUCAGUUGGUAACUCUCACACGACUCCGAUUCGGACAUGGCGUUGCGUGCUACUCGCCAAGAAGCGUCGUAACAAUUACAACGCGCGAUGACCUCGGACGCUGCUGACGAGAGAUAAGAAACGUUUUUAAAUGGUCAAUUCGUAAGAUAACAUUGUCAGAUGCUCAGGGAAAUGAGAAAAUUCUCGUAGAAUCUGCGUUUGUGCCAUCGACGAGACUCCGUUCAUCGUUCCGUGGACCUAACCUGCGACUUAAGGGCACCGGAUUGUAUAGAGGGAGUAAAAGGCGAAGGAAACAGAACUCCUUUGUCCUGUCGAAACAGCGCGGAAGAAGGAGAAGGCAACGCGGAGAGAAGCUGCGAGAAGAAGAAAAAGAUAGAGAGAGAGAGCGCGGAGCAACACGCGGUCGAGUUUCUAUCUUGGAGUGUACCUGCCGCAGGAACAGGACAAGGUAGGGGCGAACGAGCCGAGAGAGAGGGAGCGAGAAAGGAAGAGAGACGCGCUUUACACGGCCGGUGAACGGCCGUCGUCGUUGCCAGCGGCAAAGGGCAACAACCACGCUGCGGCCGGAGACUCUAUCUUCUUCUACUCAAGGCCAGGGCGUCGCGGCCCACGCGGUCUUUUGUAAGUUUCGUUUCGGGGCCCGGGAUCGGACGUACCGGAGUGACAGUUGUGCCGUGCCGUGCCGUGACGUUUCGCGCGAAAUGCUCCGAAAUUGCCAGAGGUAGGAGCAGACCGCGAGGACCUCGUCGUUUCUCGACAGAUCUCAAGAGAGAAAGAGUGAGAGGGAAGGAGCGCGCGAAGGAUAGUGCAAAAGUGUUUUUAUUUGCCCGUGACCAUGCAGAGGCAGAGGCUACUGUCGGACGCCAUGACAACGGUGGUUAGGGCAGCUGUUCUCGCAGCUGUCCUGGGACAACUUCUGGGUCCCAGCGCGGCCAGCAGGCCCGCCGGCGCCCACCCCGGACACGCAUAUUUCGAGCAACCCUGCUGCGGACGUUCUCAUCUUAGGCAUCACAAAGAACACGUGCGGGAAUUCAGCUGCGGCAUGCUGUACUACAGGACGCUCUACCUGGACAGUAAGAGGGACGCCCUAUACGUCGGAGCUAUGGAUAAGAUCUUCAGGCUGAAUCUGAGUAACAUCAGUCAUUCCAAUUGCGAGAGAGAUGCUCUGAAUUUGGAACCCAGCAACGUGGCAAAUUGCGUGUCGAAAGGCAAAUCGGAGCAUUUCGACUGCCGAAACCAUAUAAGAGUGAUACAGCCGAUGGGAGACGGCAAUCGGCUUUACAUGUGCGGUACGAACGCGCACUCGCCCAAGGAUUGGGUGAUUUACAGCAAUCUGACUCACUUACCGCGCCACGAGUUUGUCCCGGGAGUUGGAAUGGGCAUCGCAAAGUGUCCUUAUGACCCUGCGGACAAUUCGACGGCGGUCUGGGUCGAGAAGGGUAAUCCCGGAGACCUGCCAGCUCUUUAUUCCGGUACGAACGCCGAGUUCACCAAAGCCGAUACUGUAAUCUUUCGCACGGAUCUCUACAAUCUGACUACCGGUCGCAAGGCGUUCAGCUUCAAGAGGACACUCAAGUACGACUCCAAGUGGCUCGACAAACCGAAUUUCGUGGGAUCGUACGACAUCGGCAGCCACGUGUUCUUCUUUUUCCGCGAGACCGCGGUCGAGUACAUAAACUGUGGUAAAAGUGUGUAUUCCCGCGUGGCGAGAGUGUGCAAGAGGGACACCGGCGGUAAAAAUAUACUCGCGCAGAAUUGGGCCACAUACCUCAAGGCCAGAUUGAAUUGUUCGAUACCCGGCGAGUUCCCGUUUUAUUUCAACGAGAUACAGAGCAUUUACAAGGUGCCGGGUGACGAUACGCAUUUCUAUGGUACCUUUACUACAUCGACGAACGGGCUAAUGGGCUCCGCGAUAUGUUCCUUCCACAUUGACGCCAUCCAAGAGGCUUUCCGCGGAAAGUUCAAAGAGCAGGCAACUAGCAGUAGCGCGUGGCUACCAGUCUUGUCCAAUAAGGUUCCGGAACCGCGUCCGGGUCAAUGUGUCAACGAUACCGAAACGUUGCCGGACACCGUCCUGAAUUUCAUAAGAUCCCACCCGCUGAUGGAUUCGGCGAUUUCGCACGAGAACGAGAAGCCAGUUUUCUACAAGCGGGACGUCAUGCUCACGCGAUUGGUCGUCGAUAAGCUGCGUAUCGACUUCGUGGGAAUCGACUUGGAUUAUACAGUCUAUUACGCCGGCUCUAGCGAUGGUCGCGUUCACAAGGUUGUACAGUGGAUCGACAGUAACGGCGAUUCCCAAUCGAUUUUGCUGGAUGUUUUCGAUGUCACGCCGGGCGAACCGAUACAGGCGAUGGAGAUCUCGAAGGAGCAUAAAGCUCUCUACGUGGCGUCGGAUCAUCGGAUAAAGCAGAUCGAUCUGGUCAUGUGCACUCGGCGAUACGACAACUGCCUGCGAUGUGUCCACGAUCCGUAUUGCGGAUGGGAUAAGGAUACGAACAUGUGUAAACCCUACGAACCAGGUCUUCUUCAAGACGUGUCGAACACCACGGCGGACGUUUGCGACAGCAGCGUCGGCAAACGGAAACUGGUUGUCACGUGGGGCCAGUCGGUGCACCUGGGUUGCUUCGUGAAGAUGCCGGAGGUGCUGGCGAACCAAGAGGUGCGGUGGUACCAUUACAGCAAGGAGAAGGGAAGGUAUCAGAUCGCGUACAAGUACGGUGCCGGCGGCGACAAGUUCAUCGAGACCUCGGAGAAAGGUCUAGUGAUCGUCGGUGUGAACGAGCAGGACGCCGGUAGAUACGACUGCUGGCUCGGCGGUGCCCUCCUGUGCUCGUACAACAUCACCGUGGACGCGCACAGAUGUUCGGCGCCCGCCAAGUCCAACGACUAUCAGAAGAUUUAUUCGGACUGGUGUCACGAGUUCGAGAAGUACAAGUCGGCGAUGAAGAGCUGGGAGAGAAAGCAAGCGCAAUGUGCCUCGAGGCAGAACGACAGCAAUCAGAAUCUACACACGAACGAGGUGUACGGCACGCCCCUCGUCUGAUGGAGCCGAUCGUUGGGUCCCUCGUCGAGCCGAGAUUACGAUGACACGAUGAUACGCAUAAGCGUCCCGCCGAGGAAUCGCGGCUGGACAACGACCGGUUGGAUCGGCCUGGCCUUCUUGUUGGCCGGUCACGCUACCGCGCUCGGCCCAUUGGUCACUCGAGGACUCUUAAGUGACUGAGAUCGAUCCGCGAUUCGCGAACCGGUGAACUGAAUACCUAGCGAAAGGUGUGAAGAACGUACGCGUGAUCGAUCGUGUGCAUACCGCUAUCCACGUGCCACGGUGCCCGAGAGAGCCUCUCGUCGGCGCUACCGAUCGCGAGUGACCAUCGAGUUUAUUGGCGGUCGGUGACCCGCGAGAAUACUCCAGUUCCGUUCUCGUCGCGCACCCGACUUUCCGUUACGUAUACACAUUAUAUAUUUCGUACUCGCUUCGCUGUAAAUAGACGUGUCGCGUGCGAGUCGCGAAGGUGAGACCGGACGCUGGAUGCCGCGAAACUACGAGCACGGGACGCGCCGGAACGAGUCUCGGUCAUAAAUUCCGAUACGGAUGCGCAACCGCGCGGAGUGAUGUUCCUCGGGGUGAACGGACGAUAACCUCUUGUGCCGGAGAAUCAUGGAUCAAGUUCCGAUUCCUCCCACACCUCGGACCGAUCGGUGCUGCGAAAGCUGUACGAAGAAACGCGCAGUUCCCUUUCCUCGGACUUUUAAUUAAUUUGCGAGACGGAUGGAAUUUUAUGUGUACAUACGAUAUCGGAGCUUUAUUUACGGAAGGGAAUACGACGCAACGUUGAUCGCGAUAUCAUCGUGACCGAGAUAUCGAUUAUCAAUAGGACGUCAAUUAUUAAGCGGUGAGUCGAAGGGAGAAAGGCGCGUUCUCUUCUGCAGUUGUUUUUGCAUCUGCGAUAAGAGCGAUCGACGAAGUCGAGGUGAAGUUUCCCGACAAUGACGAUGAGGGGAGCAUCGAUUGAAGAACAAACGGCAAGCGAUCCGCACCCGCGAAGCUGAGAGGAAACGACGGGGCGUAAGUCGAGGAAAGACAGGUAAAACGUCGCGUCGGGGAGGAGGAGGAAGGAAGGAAAAAACGAAACGUGGCCAACGGCGCGUUUACGACGUCACGCAGGUUACAUAUGAGAUUAUUAUCGGCUUUAGAGACCUUCGUGCGAGUCGCCGCCGGCCGCGGCCGCUGCGCCUCUGCUGCACUCGCGCGACGCUGGUUAGCUUUCCAUAUCACGUUCGCCACUUUUGCGGCGCGCACACGCCUAUUUUCUACCUGUACACCCCUCCUCAGACCAACCUACCCACCCUCCUCCGCACCCCACCGCGUUUUCCUUCAUUUUUCCCUUCGUAUAUCGCAUCUCGACGAUCGCGCGAGCUACCGCCUGUUAUCUUUUGUUUGCGUGAACCUUCGUGCCGUUCUGAUCAUCACCAUUACUCUUCGCCGGCCUGAGACGUACAGCGCAGCGAUGACGACGCGUUUUUACUUGCGACACAUUCGCAUUGUGUCGAUAAAAAAACCGCGUCGUCGCAUCCGAGUGUCGCAUCUUGUCGCGCGGAACCCUCGAAAAAAUCAUCACGAGGAAUCACCAUCUCGAGUACCUUUACGACAUCGUCGAGAACCAAAUCUCCCCUUUCCCACCCUUCAAAAAUCAAGAUGCUACGCGAGAGUCUGUUUUCUCCGAAGGAAACCAGUAAGACUCGUGGUCUCAGAUCCACGCAUAUAUUUCCUUCAAGCGUGCGUACCUCGUCUCCUUGAUUUUUUUUCUUUAUCCGAUUCUUUUCUCAACGGACACACACGCGCGUCUAACGAGCGACUAACCGUGAUCGUUAUGUACGCGCCCGUGCACUGUACAUAAUACCGGACUUAGGGAGUCACGUGUGCACAUUUUCCGCUUAGAUAAGUUUAAUAUUAGCGUAGGGGAUAUACAUGUUUGCUUAUAAGUUUUCGAUGAACACGGCCGUAGAGAUCUCUCGUUGCAUCCUGCGGCAUCGCCGCAGCGGUGAGUAAACCGAAGUAACGACCGCCAACUAAACGCGGUGCUGGGGCACAUCGAGGCGGACGAUCGUUUCGACGACUUCCGGACUCGAGGCGCGCGCGGGCAUAUCGAAGCCAGCAUUGCGUUUUUUAUCCGCGCACAUUCGAUGUACACGUAUGUACACAUGCUUUGGCAUAGAGAAGCCUACAGCGCGGUGUCCGUGAAAUCUGCUUCGCCCGAAAACCAACUCGAGUUUCGGCACAUAUGCCGCUUACUUGGAUCUUAUAUCAAAUACGUCGAUUAUUAUCUCUUAUUUCUCUUUUUUCUUUCACUACCGUUAGUUUUUCGCUCUAUUUUUUAUACCGUUCGAGAGCUUCUUUCGGACAUGGGAACGGGCGUUUCCGACUUCGUGAUUAUCUGUACAUAGAUAAUAGCGUUAUAUUUUUAUAAAAAUGACAGAGAAGACUUACCGCUAAAAAGCAACCGCAUGAUUUUAAUCUAUCGUUCAUAUAUUUUGACUAUCCGCGUUCGGUCAAAUUGAUUGAAAACUGGAUCUCUGGAAGUGAGCGAAUGUUUUCUGGCGCAAAUAGAUAUUUUUUGACACGCACGAAAAUGACAAAUUUAAUUUUACCAUGCUUUAUCGCUAAUUUUACAAAUGCAUACGUCCUCGUUUAGCAAUCGUCCAUGAAAAUAUGAUGCAGACUCGCACUAUAGCGUCGCGUUAGCGUCCGUCCGACUUUUCCUCGGAGAUCUCGACAUACAUUUUAUAAUCAACGCGGCAACAAAUAGUUUACCCGGUGCUCAUUUAGCGCGGUUUAUCGAACAAUCGACGUAUCGGGAUGUAGUACCCCAGCCAGCCAUAAUCAGCACGCAUACACGUAGGGUAUAAAGAGUAGUAGGGGGAGAUCAUAACGCCUUUUCAAACACGGAUUUCAGUUCCCUCGAGUAGUUGGUCGCAUGGGUGAUAGUUUUGCUCUUACUCUUAAGUUUGUACAUAGACAUUUGUAUCGUAAUAUCCAUGGUAUCCUCGAUAAUACAGCAGCGCGGAGAUGCCCGAUCGAGCCUCGGUGCGCGCGGCUGUUAUUAACUUCUGUACAGAGAUCGUCGCGAGAUUGACGAUUUACCUUUUGUACCUAUAAGGCUCAACCUAUACGAGAUGGUACGCGAUAAGAAAGAGAGAGAAAGAGGGUAACCGCUGAAAAAAUAGAACCGAGAGAUCGGGAAUAGCGGAGUUGUACCUAAGCGAAACCUAGGGAGACGUAAGAGAGUAAUACAAUAAUCGGUAAAAUCUAAUCCUCGAGUAUGUACUUAUUAUGAGCUUCAACAAGUAUUGAAUAGUAUUAUGACAUAGGAUUAAGGCCGAACACACGUUAGGGAUAAAAUUGAGAGACUUCGGACCGAUCGAGCCAACCGCGAAGGCGCGCGGAUCGACGAGGAUUCCCACUGUGCCUUGAAAGUUUCGUCACUCUUGGAGUUUCUCGCGUACAAUCCUCGCGUUUUCGACGAGAAUGGGGCUCGGGUCGUGCUCCUCGUCGAUCCGCUCGGUCCACUCGUAUCUACAAAUCAUCGUCAAAUUCCUCCAGCCAUCAAUCGACGUCCCGGACCGUAUUAGAUCGCAGACGCGUCUGGAUUAUAGAGAGGAGUAGAGAAAAGCGAUCGCGUAAGAAUGCUAUAUACGCGUGCGUGUGUAUGCGUGUGUGCGUGAGUGCGUGCUAUUGCGUGAUGUCACGGAUACGUAAAGAAUAGUAACCUACCUAUCGUAUAUUUAAAGAAAGUUAUAAAAAAGAGUAAAAGCAAACGCGUAAUAUUACGAUAGAAUAGUAAAGUACACGAACUUUGGCUAAGAGCGUCCUCGUGCAAUCCUUACGGACCACGUCAUGUCAACCACCGCGUGUUUACGUGAUGACGAAGAGAGGGAGAGUGUAUCGAUCCUGUACGAUAUGAUCCCGGACCUCGCCAGAUGCGAACGAGUGCGUGCCCGAUGCGAGUGCACGAGGGCGCGCUUCGGGUUGGAGUAGGCGUGAUCACGGAAAGCAAUCUAAGUUGAACCUAAAGUUGUUAGAUAUAUUAUUUAUAAGAUUACUGUAUGUUGCGUGAAUGCGAUUGAUGCGGCGGGAUAUCGCGAGCGGAACGAUCGAUCGGCGAUACAUAAAGUAGAGGAAGGUAAAAGAGAGCCUAGCCCGGUCAGCGAGGCAAAGUAUCGUAGUUUCGCCGCUGUUCGUCGAGUCGUACGUGAGCUUGAAACACACCCAACCGAGAAGAAAACUGUAAAAGAGACCUCAAACACUGCCUGCGAAAUCCUAAUCGAUUAUCCCGCAACGUCGACCGCGAGGAGGCGAGAGAUAGACUAUAGACUCGGUUUAAUGUAUGCGAUACGAGACGAUUUUGGGUGACACAGAGUGCUCUGCUCGUGGUUACUCGCGUAAGGGAAAACGACGCAAAGGGGGAAGAGAACGCCCUAACUGAAUAAUUAGUUACGAUGACAUACUACUACGAUAGGAGGAAGGGAAAGAAAGAUAGACCCGCGAUAACGAUUUAUUAAAAUAUAUCACUAGAACUAGCCGACGACUGUCUUAGGUUUUCAAGUAUCGGAAGCGUAGACGAACUCGUUUCUCGGGUUGUGUGUAGCGGGGUGGAGGACGGGGACGGAAACGGGGAUGGGGAUGGGACAGGAAAGGAUUUGCUACACAUGGCGCUGCGUGUAUCCUUUACUUUUUUAUCCCGAAGAUUACGAACGCGGAAGAGCGGGAAUGAUCCGUUGACCGAUUUCCUCUUAAUUUCGCCCGCCUUUCUUUCCGCUCCCGUGUCACCGGCGCGCUGUUUUUCUCCCGUUUUUCUUUCCCCCUUUUUUUACGGAUAUAUCUUGCCUUAAAGCAGAAAAUUGGAGCGAACUCGCGCGCACGCGAGAUUAAUAGUCUAUUCGUAUCGUGGAAAACUCAUCCUUCAUCAUCGCCGUAUUUUUCUUCGUUCUUUCGGUUCGCUUCUUUUUUGCAUUCUGCUCGUUCCUGUCGACAGCAGAGCGAUCAAGGGUGGAAAUUAGGGCCGGGCGGUAGCGCGCCGUGAGUCGUUCCGAAGCUCGUAGGAGCCGAUAUACCGCUUAGGGGAAUUCAAUUUAGCCGUACGGCGUAAGGGACGGAUCCGCACCGCUCGAGGUAACGCCACCGUACUGCCACGGCGUGCAUCGCCGCAUCGGCGCAUCGGCAGUUUUGUUUAUGGAACGUAAUCGUGAAUAUCGAUCUUCCUCCAAGCGCCCUGCCAAACGUUCUGUUUGUUCGCACCGGGCGAUAUGUUUAUCGAUUAAAUCAAUUCGGCCACACGCGUCAUCCUGCGCUUGUCCACAACGCGAGCUCAGUACUUUUCCGAUCGGGAUGAAGGUUUUCGAAACCUUCGCGCGAAAUAUAUCGAAAUUUCACCUGGGGUAAAAGGAAUCAAAUUUAUAUCAAGUUUAUAGUUUACAUCAUGAGGAGUGCUGUCUCAUAAAUCUCCGCAGCUGUUUGGAUCGCGUUGAAUAUGUCGAUGUAAUUUCAAUCUGCGUUGCACAAAAUUGUAUGCGAUACACGAUCGAUCGAUUCACGGUACGCGCCGCCUAAAAAUUCAGACUUAUCGACACGUAUGUGCGAUUAUCAUCGUUAAUGACACGACCGUAGGUAAUUUUUAGUUCAAAGAAUUUCGUACGAUAAGAGACCCUUUUAGAUAUUCACCUAUUACCUAAACCUAAACAUCCAAUCGCUAUUUUUAUCAAAAAAAACAUGUUAAAAAUCUUUAAUAGUUAUCCAUUGUUCACUAUUGCUAUAAUAAAGUUUUGCUUUAAUAAAUGA